AUGACGGAUCCGAAAGCAAAGCAAUGUCGCCGCAAUGCAUCGUUGUACCUGAGCUGGCCGAGAAUGGUAGCCGAAUAUUGUAAAUCCACGUGUCGCGUCUGGUGGGUGCACGCUGUGGGCGAUGAAUUGCGAAUGUGGUUCCGUUAUCUCAAUCGCCGGGACAGUCUGGAGAUCGAGCGCAUGACUUGGUACAAGCAUGUCAAAACCGGUUCUUGUCGAGCAUCCCAGAUUGUCAUUGACAAUUCCAUCCCAAUGGUGGUGAAUCGAGAUCUGGUACCACAAUCAACUCGAAAAGGGCUUAGACUCAUUCAUUGUUUUUCAGCGUCGUUUGUAUCGAGAAUAUGGAGAGGAAAAGUUAUGCAGAGAGGUGUUACCCGUUCCCGUGCCGCAAAAGGGCUUGAUGGGAUCCAUACCGUAUUCUCUCCCUCGGAGUCCAAUCAAUGCGGCCGGACGUUUGUCCAGCUACAGCAGGUAAUGCGCUGA